AAAGAUGGAGUUUAUUAAAGAGGAGAGUGAAGACAUGAAGAUUGAAGAAACAUUCAGAGUCAAACAAGAAGAUACUGAGACACAAACAGACCUGAUGACACUGAAAGAGGAGAGUCAAGAACUCAGUGUUCAGCAUGAGAAAUAUGAUUUCAUGACUGGAGAAAAAUCAUUUAGAUGCUCGCAUACUGAAAAGACAGCAAAUAGAAGUUAUUUCACUUGCCAACAGUGCGGGAAAAGUUUCACCAGAAAAGGAAAUCUUGAAGUCCACAUGAGAGUUCACACUGGAGAGAAACCUUUCACCUGCCAACAGUGUGGAAAGAGUUUCAUUAAAAAACCAAACCUUAAAAACCACACGAGAAUUCAUACUGGAGAGAAACCUUACACAUGCUCUCAAUGUGGGAAAAGUUUUAAACAUAAACAACACCUCGAUGACCACAAGAGAAUUCAUACUGGAGAGAAGCCUUACACCUGCCAACAAUGUGGAAAGAGUUUCACUCACAAAGGAAACCUUGGAGACCACAUGAGAGUUCACACUGGAGAGAAGCCUUACACCUGCAAACUGUGUGGAAAGAACUUCAUUCGAAAACCAAACCUUAAAUACCACAUGAGAAUUCACAGUGGAGAGAAACCUUUCAUAUGCUCUCAAUGUGGAAAAAGUUUUAAACAUAAACAACACCUCGAUGACCACAUGAGGAUUCAUACUGGAGAGAAACCUUUCACCUGCCAACAAUGUGGAAAGAGCUUCAUUCAAAAAGGAAACCUUAACAAACACAUGAAGAUUCACAAGGGAGAAAGGCCGUUUACAUGAGUUUCAGAUGUAAAGUAGCUCUUUAACGUGUACAGUCACACUGGUGUGAUUAUUGUUCAGUCUGUCAUGUGAUUAACUGUAAAAUUCAGAUAUGCUUUCGUGUUUGGCUGGUGCUGAGCCAGAGAUGGACGUCGUGCUCAGUGCUUGUCAUAUCCCUUAUGAAAAUUAACCAGCUUUUACUAUAGUAAAACUGUAAUAACCAUGACUGUAGUAACCA